AUGGCAAUGGGACUCCAGGUGUCUCUGCGAGGACUCUCAGGGCUGGUGCUCCUGCUCUGUGGUCUGCCCUGGGCUGAGGGUGGGAAGGUGUUGGUGAUUCCUACGGAGGGCAGUCACUGGCUGAGCAUGAGGACCAUUGUGAGGGAGCUCCAUACCCGAGGUCAUGAGACUGUGGUCCUGGCUCCAGAUGUGUCUGUGUACAUCAAAGAAGAUGAUUUCUUCACUCUGAAAAGCUAUGCUGUUCCAUACACCAAGGAAGAAUAUGGACAUAAUCUGUUGAGCCUUCUUCAAAUGUUCUUUGAAAAUGAAUAUUCUGUCACGAUGUUCUUAAGCAAUAUGGAACUUAUGAAAAACAUAUCAGCGUUCUAUGUGAGAACUUGCACGAGUCUACUGUACAACACAGGCCUUAUCCAGCAUCUGAACUCUAGUUCCUAUGAAGUGGUGUUAACAGACCCUGUGUAUCCCUGUGGGGCACUGCUGGCCAAAUAUUUGAACAUUCCUGCUGUGUUUCUUCUGCGCUUCAUUCCUUCUGAUGUUGAAUUUGAGGCUGCCCAGUGUCCAAGCCCUCCCUCAUAUGUUCCAAGGUUAUUCACAAGGAAUUCAGACCGCAUGAGCUUUCUGGAGAGAGUCAAGAACAUUCUCUACAAUCUGCCAUUCAAGAUCGUUUUUUACUUCUCUUAUACUCCCUAUGAGAGCCUGGCCUCAGAGCUUUUGCAGAGAGAGGUGUCCUUCAUGGAGAUUUUCAGUCACGCAUCCAUAUGGCUCCUUAGGUUCGACUUUGUGUUUGAGUACCCCCGGCCUAUCAUGCCCAAUAUGUUCUUCGUUGGGGGAAUGAACUGUGUCGUCAGAAAGCCACUCUCUCAGGUCUGUAUUAGAUAUUUUGCCAAGGUCUGUUCCACCAAUGUAGGUUUCCUAAUGUCCUCAUUCUGA